AGGUUACGGUGAUGUUUAAGGCCACUGAGGUUACGGUGAUGUUCAAGGCCACUGAGGUUACGGUGAUGUUUAAGGCCACUGAGGUUACGGUGAUGUUCAAGGCCACUGAGGUUACGGUGAUGUUUAAGGCCACUGAGGUUACGGUGAUGUUUAAGGCCACUGAGGUUACGGUGAUGUUCAAGGCCACUGAGGUUACGGUGAUGUUCAAGGCCACUGAGGUUACGGUGAUGUUCAAGGCCACUGAGGUUACGGUGAUGUUCAAGGCCACUGAGGUUACGGUGAUGUUCAAGGCCACUGAGGUUACGGUGAUGUUCAAGGCCACUGAGGUUACGGUGAUGUUCAAGGCCACUGAGGUUACGGUGAUGUUCAAGGCCACUGAGGUUACGGUGAUGUUCAAGGCCACUGAGGUUACGGUGAUGUUCAAGGCCACUGAGGUUACGGUGAUGUUCAAGGCCACUGAGGUUACGGUGAUGUUCAAGGCCACUGAGGUUACGGUGAUGUUCAAGGCCACUGAGGUUACGGUGAUGUUCAAGGCCACUGAGGUUACGGUGAUGUUCAAGGCCACUGAGGUUACGGUGAUGUUCAAGGCCACUGAGGUUACGGUGAUGUUCAAGGCCACUGAGGUUACGGUGAUGUUCAAGGCCACUGAGGUUACGGUGAUGUUCAAGGCCACUGAGGUUACGGUGAUGUUCAAGGCCACUGAGGUUACGGUGAUGUUCAAGGCCACUGAGGUUACGGUGAUGUUCAAGGCCACUGAGGUUACGGUGAUGUUCAAGGCCACUGAGGUUACGGUGAUGUUCAAGGCCACUGAGGUUACGGUGAUGUUCAAGGCCACUGAGGUUACGGUGAUGUUCAAGGCCACUGAGGUUACGGUGAUGUUCAAGGCCACUGAGGUUACGGUGAUGUUCAAGGCCACUGAGGUUACGGUGAUGUUCAAGGCCACUGAGGUUACGGUGAUGUUCAAGGCCACUGAGGUUACGGUGAUGUUCAAGGCCACUGAGGUUACGGUGAUGUUCAAGGCCACUGAGGUUACGGUGAUGUUCAAGGCCACUGAGGUUACGGUGAUGUUCAAGGCCACUGAGGUUACGGUGAUGUUUAAGGCUACUGAGGUUACGGUGAUGUUCAAGGCUACUGAGGUUACGGUGAUGUUUAAGGCUACUGAGGUUACGGUGAUGUUUAAGGCCACUGAGGUUACGGUGAUGUUUAAGGCCACUGAGGUUAUGGUGAUGUUUAAGGCUACUGAGGUUACGGUGAUGUUUAAGGCCACGGUGAUGUUUUCAUCUGACCACAUGUGGUUGCUGACUGUGCGUCUUCACGGUCGGGGUAUUUUUAUUUUAUUUUUAAUUAAAAACUAAAAAUAAGCCGCGAGCAUGUUACAACUAUGAAACAUAUCUGUUGGAACAAAAUAAUAAGACUAAACAGUUGAAUUAGGUGUUUUUUUUGUGGGGAUUUGUUCUUACAUAUACAGUAACAAACUAAUGAAAAUGCUAUUUUGCUACUUGAAAUGAGACAAAUAAUCUUAUUGUAAUGUUACUACUUAACACCUUCAAAUGAUUAUUUUAGCAAUGGCAUAUAUGAAAUGCAUUAAUCCAUUAAUUAAUGUUAAUGAAUGUUAGAAAGUUGCCAUCAGAAUGAUGGUCCCUACAGGCCUAGAAGUUUCAGUGCUAAUAGGAAUUCUGCUUCAAGUGAUUUUAUUGCUGUGAAACUCAGUUAAACAUUAUCAUGACAAGAGACUGAUUACACACA